AUAGUUGUAUUUAUUAAUCGUAACUGGUGUGGUUGUCUUUAAAUAAAUAAGUUUCUGAAUAUUUUGUUACAAAAAUUAAAAUGGGUUUCGGAGUUUUAAUAAACAAGAAUUUCUAUUUACUAAUAUUCAUUGGUCUACAGAAUGCUUUUGCCCAAUUGCCGACUACUGAACUGCACCCAGGUGAUAAAAUCAGCACGUGUCCAAUGAAAUUGGAUAAAUGCAGAAUUGUCAAUGAGUAUCCGCUUUUGAUAAAAGGAGAAAAGGGUGAACCAGGCUCUCAAGGGUUGACAGGGCCAAUCGGAUCUCAUGGAUUACCUGGCCCCGUCGGACCUCCCGGGUUACCUGGACUGCCUGGAGCUAGUUUGUGUAAAAUAGCACUUAAAGAAGAAACCUAUGGUUCGGAAGGAACUUCCGGCUUUGAGGAGCCGACUAACAGCAAAACAUGUAAUAUUGCAAAAACAGAGGUCAAGAGUGGAAACUAUACAACAGGUUUAGCAUCGGGCUACUUUAAAAUUUACUGUAAUAUGACAACCAGAGAAACUUGCAUUCGUAGAGAAAAUAAAACCGAUAUUUAUGAGUACAAUGUUGAAAAAGGAACUUUUUGGUUGAGCAGUGUUGGAAUUCACUUAAGUGAUAUCUAUGAGCUGAAUCAACAACAAGUAUCGUGGCUUCAGUCUAUGUCGAUGUUCUCAGUUCGUCAAACCUUGAAAUACCAUUGCAUUGAUUCCGUACCAUACCCUAAGUAUAAUACGUCGUCGGCGAUAAAGUUAUUGACGUGGAAUGACGUUAUCAUUGAAGCGUACCCUACGAAAGAAACUCCAUUUUUUUAUUCAGUUCCUCCAGAAACUGAUGGAUGUGUGGAAGGAGGCACAGAAUGGAGCAGCACUAUCAUUGAAAUCAGAAGUACGUAUGUUAACAGACUGCCAAUAAGAGACGUAUGGAUCGGGGAUGUUCGAGGCCCAAACCAAAAAGUCUCUAUAGAAAGCGUCGAAAUCUGUUUUAGAUAAAAAUAAUGUCUCAUAAAAUACCUCUAAUAAAGAUUGAUAAGUAAA